UCGUCAUCGACGCCAUUCCCAGCCCAGAUGCGAACACCGCAUCUCCACACACCCUUCUCCAACCCCCUGCCCCAUUCAUGAUUCCUCCAGACUUCUCGUCCGUCCUCUCUCCGUCCACCCAUCAAGACAGCUUGACACCUUUGACCCAAGUCCGCGAUCGCUCUUGGGAGUGCACAACUCGGCCCACACCACCUUCGGCUCUACAGGCAUCCUCUGCUCCCCAUCGGUGUAAAGCUCUUGACGAGCAUCUCUCCACCUGCCGGGGCGAGCCGGCCCUGGGCACCCGUCUUCCGUCUGAUAUUACCGUUACCGCCGACUUACCCUGUCCCCGUUGGCGGUCGACCUGGCUUCUAUUCUCAUCGUUCUGA